UCCUUCCUCUUCUUCCUCCUCCUACACCCUCUUCCUCCCUCCUCCCCUCCUCAUCCCGACCAUGGCCAAGCAAGGCGCCACCUUCAACGCCUUCGCGGCUCAGGGCUCCGUCUACCGCAUCUCCGCCCUCGUCAUGUUCACCUGGGCCCUCUUCCACUUCGUCUUCUCCCCCUCCUCCUCCGCAUCCAUCUCAAACGAAGAAGCCCAGGCAAAAGCCCGCGUCGCCCUCCAGCACAAAAUCGAGACCGCUGACGUCGGCCCCGACGGCUUCAAAAUCAUUGCCCGCGACUACUUUGAGGACUUCUACGGUGCCCAGGAAUGCAAGAUCUCCUCCACCCGCCUCUACAACCCAAUGACAAAACCCGACGGCUCCCUCGUCCGCCCCUACUGCGACUCCAAAGCAAAGCUCCUCGAGGCCCUCUCCGGCGGCGGCAGAGUCGGCUUCAACGCGCCCUACCACCCCCGCAGCUGUGAGUACCGCUGGUUCGACCCUGAGGAAAUCUGCAUGAUCCUCGACCGCUUCGACGCCGUCAUCUUCAUCGGCGAGUCCAGCAUGACCUCCCACCUCUACGGCGCAUUCAACUCCCUCCUCCGCAAAAACCUCGCCUGGGGCGCCCUCAAGAACUGGGAGCUCAACGAGCAGCAGCGCCAGCGCUGCCGCUGCGACUCCCAGUACACGAACCCGCAAUGCGGCGGCUCCCAGACAGGAUCCGGCGACCACUUCAUCGCCGACUCUGCCGAGAUCCUCGACGCAAAGGAGGAAGGCACGCGCGUCGGUGCGCCGUACGUCUGCAACCGCGUCUUCCACGGCAUCGUCAACGUCAACUCCGAGCCCGUGUCGCAGUCCACGCUCGAGGAGAUCGACGAGAUCUUGACCACCUACCACAAGACCGCCAAACCGGUCCCCAUCAUCAUCCAGCAGGGCAUGUCUCUUGGAUUCAACUGGGACCGCACCACAAAGGUCAUCGACGCGAUCUCAAAGCAGAUCGAGCUCCACGAACCCAACCCCGUCCACCGACCUGUGCUCUGGCUCGGCCCCACCGCCGCCGGCCAUCUCAAGCCCCCCGGCGCAAUCAUCGAACAAGGAAACCCGGCUCUGCAUCACUUCACCAUCGAGCUCGCCAAGCGCGCCCAGGACAGAGGAUUCGACGCUCUAAGUCUUUUCAACCUCACACUCCAGGCAGACUCCUUUGACGGAACAAUGUAUUCUGGCGACGUCAGUCUCACCACCGCCAUGAUGGUCGUCAACUGGCUCAGCCGCGUCGAGAGUCUAUGAUUCCUCUUCCUUUCUUUCAUCUCUGUACCAAAAGUCUCGACGCCACUAGUCUACCCCAUCUACCCUGCUAUCUACCAUUCUAUCUGCUAUCUACCCGUACAUCCUUGCGAUCUACAUUUUGGAUCAGCCUCACAGCACACACAAACGCUAAUAGACUGUGGUCCGUCUUCUUUCUUAUAAGAAGCUAUGUCUUGUUUUCUUGUUCUGGUUGUUUAAUAUUCUUUGAUAGGAAGAAAUUGUAUCAACUACGUACAUUGUAUCCUCGCGUUCUUAUCUAAUGUGAUCUUCUUCUUCUCUUCUCUUCUUCUAUUUUUUCUUUUGUAUAUUUGUUCUUGUAUCUAUUUUCGCUCAUCCUGUCUUCCGCAAU